AUUUCCUGGCAUUAAAGUCCUUUCUCCGACCCGUCUUAAGCAUUUCCGGAGAAGCGGACUUCCCGCUCAGAGUUCUGCCCUCACUGGAGGCCAUCGAGCAGAAGCUCGAGUGGUCCCACAUCAGGCAGGUUAGCCACGGGCCCCUGUCACUCAGACACAUCUCUCCUCUCCUCGUUCCCCCCCAGACAGCUGAAGUGGCCCUGGCCAACCUGAAGAGCAAAUACGAGAAUGAGAAGGCCAUGGUGACAGAGACCAUGAUGAAACUCCGGAAUGAGCUGAAAGCCCUCAAGGAGGAUGCCGCAACCUUCUCUUCACUGCGGGCCAUGUUUGCCACCAGAUGUGACGAGUACGUCACCCAGCUGGACGAGAUGCAGCGUCAGCUCGCGGCCGCGGAGGACGAGAAGAAAACCCUGAACUCCCUGCUGCGCAUGGCCAUCCAGCAGAAGCUGGCCCUGACGCAGCGGCUGGAGCACCUGGAGCUCGACCAUGAGCAGGCAAAGAGGGGGCGCACCAAGUCGGCCUCCAAAGGCAAGAGCAGCACCCCAAGUCUGUAGAGUAGUAUCCGGAGACGGAAUUGGCCUUCAGUGCCCUCGGUCAAAUUGCAAGUUUCUUAAGCUGCUCGUGCUUGGCGGCUAAACCAGCCCAGGGAGCUCUGGUUGCCCAAAGGAACGGACGAAAUCCCAAAUUUCCACUCUCUCUUUUUUUCUUUUUCUCAUGAAUAUACUACCUGCACUCAUUUUCAAAAUUGCAUAUCCUGGGCUGGAAAGAGAAAACCCAUACACCUCAUGGGCUGAUAUUGCUGCAGGAAACAUUUUUUACAAGUGCUGAAGAAAUGCCUUCGAACGAACAAUGAGUCUACUAGAAACGUUCGGACGGGGUUGGGGG